GGACCUGUUGUAGUCAAAGUUAACCUGGCAUCAUGGCGUCUACUGUGGCUCUCAUAUGUUGUUCAGACACUCUCGUCUUGCGAAGCAUGCAGAUGAAUGGCGAUCAUCCGAUUAGAAUGAGCAGCACAAACAAAGAUGGCACCGUAGCAACGAUCAGGCAAGAUGGCGCCAUAGCAACGACGAGACAAGAUGGCGUCUGCGGCACGGCGUUCCACACCUACAAAUGCACCCUCUCCCCACAGUUACGGAAAAUGGCAGACACAGAACUCGGUGAGAAUCGCCUCAUCCGUAAACUUGCCUUCGAGGGGAUGCGGCAGUUAAUGAAGAAGAGACCAGACAUCAACUUCAGUCAAGAUGAAAGAUUCUUGCUCAGAUUUCUUCGCGCCAAGAAGUUUGAAGUUGACCGUGCGUUCAAGUCGCUGGUGAAGUACUACGAACUGCAUAAGAAACAUCCAGACUUUUUCAAAGACUACAAAAAGUCAUCCGUGAAACACGUGCUGGAUGAUGGAAUGCCAUUGGUCCUUGCGUCACGUGACAAGGAAGGACGGCCAAUCGUAGUGCUUAGAACAAUCAACUGGGACCCCAGCCGUUACAGUGUGCUUGAUAUAGUUAAGGCACUUUUCAUGGUCCUUGAAGAUCUAGUGGAAGACGAAGAAGCACAGGUGACUGGGAUUAAUCUACUUGUCGACCUAGAGGGUAUGGGGACUCAACACGUCAUGCAAAUGGGACCAAAUAUCGCCAAGAAGGUCACAUCCAUCUUCCAGAAUUGUGUCCCUGUUCGACUACACAGUAUCCACUUUGUAAAUGAACCAAUGGUCUUCGACGCUGCGUUCGCAAUCCUGAAAGCUUUCAUGGCCGAUAAGAUGAGGAAAAGGGUUAUUGCACACGGCACAGAUUUCAGCAGUCUUCACAAGCAUUUCCCAGCGUCCAUAUUGCCAAGCAACUGGAGAGGAACACUCGGUCCGUACUCAAACACAGAUUGGAAAAGAGACUUUCUCGCUCAGGAUCGAGACUUCGCUCCAGCGGCCGAUGAGGGCGUCCUCGCCAACACCAAGAAGUCAAAAGGUCACUCGAAAAAGGACUCGAUAGGCUCGUCCAAGAAACUUCUCAGGUUGGAGGAAAGUAAAGACCGCGUAUGACACAAAGUUUAACUUAGACCUUAAAGGUAAUAAUAAUAUUUUCAGGUAAUAUUAAAUUAUUGUAUUUUUCAUUAGGGUGCAUAAACUUAUAACUUAUGUUCAAUAUUGUUUUCUUAAAAAUCCUUAGAGUUACUAAA